AAUAUUAAUGUUUACUAAGGCGAACAAUCCAAAUAAACAAGCAUAUUUAACCUUGUCAUACUUUACUGCACUGGUCCUAUGUCUCUAGUUAUCAGCUAUUGUUCAUUCUUCAGGGACAAAGUAAUUUACAUGUAACAUUAGACAAGAGAUAUGCAUGUUGACCUGAUAUACCCAGUUUGCAACUGUAUUAUUAAUCACUUCUUUAUUUUGAAACCCAAAGCACAUGUGAUAAGUUAAUCUUUAAUCUUUGAACAAUACAGCUUUGAAAGAAUAAUAAUAACUAUUGAUCAGUAUCGGGACUGUUUGUUACAAAUCGUCUAGAGUUACUGACUAUAAACUGUAGCAAUCUAGUUGAAGAGUUUGUCUUCAGACGGAAGCUUUGUCAUUCUUAUUCAUGCAUGAUUUUGGGCGCAAACAUGGUGUUGAAAUCGUAAGAUCUUUAAGAACCAGUAGUUCUGAUAGCUGAAUUGAUGAGUGCAGUUGUGAAAACACAGAACAUUAUUCUAAUGGAAUACAUGUAACACGCAGUUGUGAAAAUAUGUCCACCAGUUUCGUAUGAAUUUUUGUCAUGUAAAAAUCUUCGCUCUUACGCUUUCUAAUUUGUUAGUCAAUACAUUAAGGAUUGUUCAAAGUGCAAAAAUAUGGGAAAAGGGGGAGCCAAGAAGUUCCUGUACUCAGGGCCCAAAAAAAGCCAAGAGGAAGAUGAGAAAAACCCUUGGACCUUCAACACCAAGGCACAGAAACCCAACAAUGCAGUGAAUGGUAGUUCCAAGGUAGACUUGGAGAAUGUUUGGAGCAUACAACGUAACGUCAACGUUGGUGUGGCCAAAUCACCCAAGUCAGACACUCUGACGUUCAACACGAAUAAGUCAUACUACUCCAGGCAUGGCGGAGGAAAUAAAGAUAAAGAUGACUUUGGUACUCCUCUCGCUGGUCCAGCAUCUGACAGAACAGGACUGAAUGAGCCAGGAGGUAAAACAUGGAAUGCACCCGCAGCACAAUCACGUCGUCCAUUCAGCUAUGCAUUCGGGGCGGACUCACAGUCCACUCAGGAUGACAAACCCGUCUCCCCUCGCAGUGUUAAAAACUCUAGCACUGAUCUUUACCCACAAACUGGCCAUACGGGCAAUAUGCACGUGAAUGCACUCACAGGACAGUCAGUAAAUCCUACCAAAACACAAUCUGGUGGUGGCCAUCUUGCUUCUACAGUAUCACAGACAGGAAAUCCACUGAAUUCUGGGACAAAUUUCAAUGCAAACAGGGGAAGUAACCAGCAAGGAUCAUUUAACUUUUCAAAUUCAUCUAGCAAUAACCAGUCUGUAUCGAGCAAGCCGGCCUUUUUAAAUUCAUCCAGCAAUAACCAGUCUGUAUCGAGCAAGCCUGUUACAUCUACGUUACAGAGUAUUGGUGUGAGUCAGUCGUAUAGCUCAUCUCCAAAGAACAAUUUGUUUGGUUCCUCAACCAAUCAGAACAGUUUGUUUGGAUCAUCUACACACAGGGCACCAGCCAAUAUGGAUCUGCCAGCCUACGAAAGCAGUUGGGCUCCAAAAAGCAGUCGGUCUUCUACAGAAAAAGGCUCACUUGGGCAACAAAAUAAGAAAUCAUUUUGGUGAUGGUCUCUUUACUGAAAUCAGUAAAAGAGAAUGUGGUGUGCAAGAUCUCCAUUUUGUUUUCAAGGGCUUCAGUUAGCAAUCAUUUUGGUGAAGGAGUCCCAUUUUUAAGUCAUUAGAAGAGAAUGAUGCUGGCAAGAUCUUCUAUUUGUUUUCAAGUGCUUUAGUAGGUGUUGCAUUCAACACAGUGUCUGUAAGACAGUGGCAUGUCUAAUCCUUUGAUGUUCAGAUUAAGGUCUACACAUGCAGGGUUAAUGUUUGAUUUUUAGCUUUCUAAUGUGCACGUGGAAACUUAUUAUAUUUUAUAUGGAAAAGCUCAAUUCCAUCUGUCAAACAUUAUUAAAAAAUAAUUGUAGGAAUUUUUUUUAAUUAGAAGAAGAGUAUUUGUAUUUUGCAGGGUGGAUUGGCUGAAGGUCUUAUUAAAAAAUAGCAACUAAUUGCAUACUGAAAUCAAGUUUUCUUUGGAAUUUGGUUGCUUCUACAAUCCAUUUCCUAAAAAGGAUAAACAUUAUUUUCUAUGUAAAAUAACUUGCUGCAUUUAUUUUGUCUGUGUUUAUACCAUUUGAUUUACUUAUUUUUAUUAAUCUUUGUCAAAGUAGUUAAGUACGGUUUUAAUAGCAAAGAAUCUUUGUCAAAGUAGUAAAGUACAGUUUUAAUAGCAAAGGUCUUUUGUGUGAGUUAGAAUACAACAACAUAAUGUAUAUCUUGUUAAAGAUACACAGCUUUUGCACUUUGACCCUGUACAGGUUUCAGACACAUCUUAGUAGCAUUGUAAUUUAUAUGUACCGGGCACUGAUAUAGACAGUGUUUGCAACUACUGAUUAAUAAAAAAUAACAAAACUUUACUAUUAUUUUUUAGCAGCUGGAAACAAGUUACCAUUUUUCUUUGCAUUUUCAUGUCCAGAAAGAAAGAUAACUGUGCAGUACUACUCUGUAUGACCAGAUGGAUAACCGUAACAGUUAUCUUUGCUUGUUUUAUUAACAGGAAUAACAUUUGAAAAUCCUGGUCAGUACAUGUAAUUGUCCCUACCGGUUUCACCGGAGAGGACUUAUGAUUUGCGCUCUGUGCGUCUGUCUGUCUGUCACACUUUUCUGGAUCCUGCGAUAACUUUCAAAGUUCUGUAUAUUUUUUCAUGAAACUUGAAAAAUGGAUAUAUGGCAAUAUGGACAUUAUGCACGUCAUUUCAUUUUGUUCCUACGUCAAAAAUUCUGGUUGCUAUUACAUCCAAAAAAAAAGAAAAAAAUUCUGACAAUGGUGGGGCCGGUAAGGGACAUAUAUUGCUUGGCAAUAGUCUUGUUAACAUCUGUUACACCAGUUAUCAUUGUGACAAUAACAUUCAUCAUUAUGGUAUUUUACUUGUAACAUCUGCCUUCCAUAUUAUGGAUACUGCUAAAUGUUGUACAAUGUCUUGGGUAAUGGUGCAUGCGUAGUACUUAAUCAUGUUUGUAUUUGCUUGAAAAAUAACCAGUUUGCAUUUAGCUGAUGUUUUCUGUCUUUCAUUUUUUCUCUGUUAGUUCAUGUGAAGUCUUUCUUGUUGAAUUAUAACUUCUUUUGUUCUUCAAAAGCAUAAUGCCAAAAUCUGUAUUUAAUCUAUUGUUAUUCAUGUUGUUGUUUUUUCUGCCAUUUGAUUUCAAAUUUAAGAUCAAAUCUUCAAAUUCCAAGUUAGAGUUGUUCUGUGAGGCUCUGAACCAUACUCCGAACGUUUGCAAAAAGACUGCUUGUUUUGUUUUCAACCCUAUUGAAUGAUGAGAUCACUGUAACCAUUUACAGAUGGUGGCCUCCAUAGAAUUAAAUUCAAUUAUUGAUAAAAUUUGAAGUAAUGUUUUAGUUGUACAACUGUAUGCAAGUUCUAAACAACUUAUUUGAAUGUUUGUGCUGACAAAGUGUACCAGUACACUGUUUAGACUUUACUUGUUAAGAAAUAAUGCAUUUAUGUUAACCAUUUCUGUUUUCUAACAGAAAGUCGUCAACAAUUACACAUAAAAUUCAUAUCCUACCACAAAUAUUUGUGUCAAAUGAGUUUGACUUUGCUCUCCCUUACUAUGGUUUGCAUCAUAUAAUGCAUUGUUAUCCAUGUAUUUCUGGUCGUCUGAUUGAGCUGUCACUGUUUUGUACUCAUACAGAGUUUGCAAUUGCUAUGCUAUAAACGCUGACUUACCACAUUGUUGCAUCAAUUUCUGCCAGCAUAAGUCAAUUUCUGGCCAUAUUGAGUUUGAUACAGUUGAUUGUUUUAAAAAGACCUCAGUGUAUGUGUUUUCACACAUAUUGGGAAAAUUGUGACACAUUUUUUUAAUAUGAACGUAAUGAAAUGUUUAAAUGUGUCUUUGUUAUGAAAAUUCAACAAAUGCUUUCCUACAAAUGCUUAAUUUAUUAAAUUACGAUCAAACUUGGUUUGAUGAACAUUUCUGAGAUUAUUGAUAAAAAUGCCUCUUGGUCAAUUUUUGUCCAAAUUUAGUCAUCCUUUUAUUCAAAAUAAAGUUUUUGUUCAGAGGAGAACAUCAAAUUUAAGGUUAUAACAAGGGGAAAAGCAUAAACCUUAUGGGAAGGGAAUUUGGCUGAAUUUAGACCCCUAAGAAAAAUCACUGGAUGUUUCUGAUAAAUCAAUAAAAUGCUAUAUGAUUAUUUAAUGUAUGAGUGUCAAACUGAACAUUUAUGAAUUUCCAUAAAUUAUUGGAAUACAAAUGGUGAACUCCAAUUUUCUUAAUAUUAUAUAUAAAUAAUAGUUAGGGGGCUGUAAUGGAGUUGAUUGGACAACAUGUAAUUUGCAAUUACAUGUACUAGUAUUAUGAAAGACAUUUUUUAAUGUUUUUACCAUAGUUGAUGGUUUACCAAGUGCAUGAUGUAUAAUUAGAUGCCUGUGUUCACAGUAAAUACUGUUUGGUGCAACAAAUACUGGUAUAAAUAUGGCAGGAGAAACAGAAACAUUGUACAAAAAUUUGAGAUUGAUUUAUUUAUAAACAGAUUUUAGUGUGUUUACUUACCUAGUUUCUAUGAUCAAUGGGUAUGUAUGAUUGUAUAACCUACACCACAAAAUAACUUGUUCAUGACACUUGUAUAUUUAUUGACAUUUGUUUUUGUUGUUUUUUAGCUCACCUGAGCACAAUGUGCUCAUGGUGAGCUUUUGUGAUCGCUUUUUGUCCGUCGUUCAUCGUCCGUUGUGGGGCGUCAACAUUUGCCUUGUUAACUCUCUAGAGUCCACAUUUAUUGUCCAAUCUUCAUGAAAUUUUGAUCAGAAGAUUGGUCUCAAUGAUAUCUUGGAUGAGUUCGAAAAUAAUUAUGUUUGCUUGAAAAAAAUGGUUCCAAGGGGCGGGGCAUUUUUCCUUAUAUGGCUUUAGUAAAAUCUUGUUAACACUCUAGAGGCCACAUUUACUGUCCGAUUUUCAUGAAACUUGGUCAGAAGAUUCAUCCUGAUAAUAUUUUGGAAGAGAUCAAAAAUGAUGCCCAUUGGUUGAAAAACAUGGCUGCCAGGGAGCAAGGCAUUUUUCCUUAUAUGGCUAUAGUAAAACCUUGUUAACACUCUAGAGGCCACAUUUAUUUUCCGAUCUUCGUGAAACUUGGCCAGAUUUGUCCCAAUAAUAUCUUGUUAUCUCAGGUGAGCUACUUUGGGCCUUUCAGGCCCUCUUGUUUUUACAAUAUUAUUGACAUGAUGUUUCAGUUUUGAAUAUUUUGCAAGGACCUAUAUCUUACUGAUCAUACCAGAUACAAGAUCAACCUUAAUUUUGUAGGUAUGACUAGUUUUGGUUUUAUUUAAUUUAUCUCCAUAAUUAUCUUAAAAAUUAUCAACGAAAUUCAUGGGAUAAAUGUCAUCUUAUUAGAAGUACAUGUAUAUCAAAGAUAACAGAAUUCCUACAACACAUUUGUUGUCUGAAGUAUUCUGUACAUAUGUAUUUGACUUAAUUUUAACUUUCGAUUUUUGUGUAUUUUUAGCUCACCUGAGCACAACAUGCUCAUGGUGAGCUUUUGUGAUCGCCUUUUGUCCGUCGUCCGUUGUCCGUUUUGCGACGUCAACAUUUGCCUUGUUCACUCUCUAGAAGCCACAUUUAUUGUCCAAUCUUCAUGAAAUUUGGUCAGAAGAUUGGUCUUAAUGAUAUCUUGGAUGAGUUCGAAAAUGGUUACGUUUGCUUAAAAAACAUGGCUGCCAAGGGGUGGGGCAUUUCUCCUUAUAUGGCUAGUAUAAUGACAUUUUUGGCUCAGUUGUAAUUUCUUGUGUAAAUCUUUACUUAUUGCUUUGUCACAUUUGUUAUCAGUUUGUAGCAAAUUUAUCUAUAAUGAUAAUGGGAACUAUUACUGAUAAGCCAUCUUUGAGAAAUUCCUUGCAGAUAUUGAUCAUUGCAGUGUGUAACUUUUUACCACUCAGCUUUCUUAGCCAGUUAGUGUCUGAUACAGUUAGAAAACCUGCAUUAGUUGCCCUAAACAAAUUGAUAAUGACCACAGACAGACAGAAUCAUGAUUCCUAGGUACUUUUUUUAAUUACCCUCUCACUGUGCUCUAUGCCAGAGGUUAAUAUCAGUGGUCAGUAAUACAAGCUAGUUGAAGUGUUUGAUAUAUUUUAAUUUCACAGAAGGAGUAUUUAAUGCAUGUUUUUAACAAUUAACAAAAAAAAAGUAAUUUAAAUGGGAACUUCAUAUCAAAACAAGAUUCCAUAAUAAUUCACUCUAUAUAAUCAUAUUUAAGAUGUUAACACAUAUCAAAUGGAUACUCUAUGAAAACAAGAAAUAAUUUCAAUUAUAAGUUUCUGGAGAUAGAAAUCAGAAUCAGAAUAACCUUCAAAGUCAAGAUUUACCUUUCUUAUUUGCAGAGUUCAUUUAUCAAGAUUUAAUCAUUUUCAGGCUUUAUGUAUUAAAACGAUGUCAGAAAAUUGAAAAUAAAACCGUAAUGAAUGAUACACAAUAAUAAUGAAAUGAAAUAUAAAAUCGAUACAUUUUCAUAUUUCUAAAUUGUUUAGUGUAAAACAGCCUACUGUUGAAUAAUAUGUUUAUAAAAUUAUAUUUAAGUAAACGGCAAUACCUUUAGUUAAUUGAAUUACAACCAAUCAGCAGGUGUCAUCCUGACCGGAAAUAAGCAUUUGUCGAAUAAAGUUUUUCCGCAUUACAUAAGUGCUCACAAAGAAACAUAACCCGUAACCAUCCCAUGACCGGUUCACUUGCAUUAGCAAACGAGACCGCAAUACCACACUUGGAUAGGGCAGUUGAGUUCGAAAAUGGUUUGGAUCAGUAAAAAAACAUGGCCGCCAGGGGGUGUUCUUUUUCCUUAUAUUUAUAUAGUAAAAAAGCUUGUGAACACCCUAGAAGUCACAUUUUUUGCCUAAUCAUCAUGAAAUUUUGUCAAAACAUUAGCGAUGUGGAUGUCUUGGACGAGUUUGAAAAUGGUCGUGAUAAGUGGAAAAACAUGGGCACCAGGUGGUGGGGCAAUUUUCUCUAUAUGUAUAAAGUGAAAACAUGUGAAUAGUCUAGAAGACACAUUAUCUUCCUGAAAUUUGGACAUAUCUUGGAAGAGUUCAAAAAUGGUUCAGGUCUGUUAAAAAAAACAUGGCCGCCAGGGGGCCAUUUGUUGUUCAUUCUUCAUGAAACUUGGUUAGAACAUUAUUGUGUUUCAUUGAUAUCUUGGGCUGCAAAGAACAGGUCAUUUCUUUUUAUCUCAGGUGAGCGACUUUGGGCCUUUCAGGCCCUCUUGUUUUAGUCUGUGAUAUAUAUUUAUUUGGUUAUCAGGUCAGUAUUAUUUGAGAAUAUCAGAAAAAACACACAUAAAGACUGCUUUUAAAAAUUAAAGCAAUUUGUUUGCCUAUUGGUACACUACAACUUAAAUGACAAAAAUACUAAGUUAAUAAUAACCAUGACAUAUUUGGGAUUGAGCGUGAAACUGGUACAUGUGUAUUUAACUUAUUUAUUUGUUCAUGUUGACUUUUUUUUAAAUUUAUUAUAUUAUUACCAGUGUUACGUAAGUAAACUUCUAAUUAUAGUCAAUCAUUGCAUUUAUUUCAUUAAAAAAUGCGAACAAA